CCAAACCUUAAGCCGAAGGUAAAAUCGUAGUUCUGAGAUAGGAUCAACGAAAAAAAAAAAAAAACUAAUUAACUACACUAGAACGAAUGCAACACCCUAUGGAAUGGGCUUGGGACAUAUCGUAUCUUAUAACUUGUUCAGGCAUGUCUAAAAUUUCAUCACAGCUAGGUUUGCGCAUCAUUUUAGACAGAACAUGAAUUGAUAAAAUGAUUAUAGUGCCACUCCAAGCUGGUAAUAAUCUAUUUUAACCUCUGUCUAUCAUUAUUAGUAACUAGAAAAUCUCAUUUUAAAUCUGUAUUUAAUCCAUACUUUUCCUGAUCUACUUCAAAUCCACUUAUUUUCCAUUCCUUUUUUGUCCUUCCGACAAAUUUUAGUAAGUUAUCCAAAUGUUACAGAGAACUUUAAAGCUAUUAUUAUAAUCAGUGGUACUUUUAGUUGGCAAACCUAGACCUCGGUGAGAAUGUGGGAAAAUGUAAGACAAAUGUAACAUCCAUAUACAGUGGAACCUCUAUACAACAAAGUCCUCGGAAUAACGGAUAUUCCUCGCCCCAGUAAUAGUAAUAUAUAUGGAAAAGAACCUUGUUACAACAAAACCUCAUCAUAGCAAACAUAUCUUGUCAGUCCUUUGGCCCUUCUUUAUAUCAAGGUUUCACUGUAUAUACAUGUACAUGCAAGUCACCCCUCGAAGAAAUAGUGGAAUGGUACCUAGAGAAGAUAUCUGCCCGCAAAUUCUUUAUUGCAUUCUCUUAAUCCUUUGAGAGAGGUUUCUUUGUGAGUAACUAGUGCAUUCAAGUGGAUGCUGUUUUCUUCAUUUUCCCUCCAGGAAGCUACAGUUUUUGCCAAAGAGCAUGAUUUUAAGACAGAAGACAUUAAAGAAAUUGCAAUGAAAAUGGGUGCUCUUGAUAAAGUCAACAAAAGCCGUCCUCGCACUGUGGUGAUAACACAAGGAAAGGAACCUACUAUAGUUGUUAAAGAUGGUAAAGUCACAGAAUACCCAAUCAUUCCCAUAAAAGAAGAAGACAUAGUGGAUACUAAUGGAGCUGGUGAUGCCUUUGUAGGAGGUUUCCUCAGUCAGUUGGCUCAAGGAAAAUCAGUGGAUGACUGUGUUCGCUGCGGACACUAUGCUGCUAAUUACAUGAUAAAGCAGUCGGGUGUCACGCUAACAGAUAUUCCAAACUUUUCGUAGCGCUGCGUGACUGCAAACUAGGGAAAUAGCAUUUACUCCUCCUUGCAAACGUCAAUAAACCAAUGUUUUACUAUAA